ACUCGCCCCAGCUCGCGCGAUACCGCGUCGUGCCGUGCUGAUUGGUGGAGUUCUAGUUCCUUCCCCUCGAAGAGAAGAGGGGGAAAACCUAGAGAGAGAGAGAGAGAGAGAGAGGAGGGGAAAAAAUCGUUUCCCGGUCCGCGCUCGGCUGCCGUGAAUCCCACCUCCCAGUUUCCCAGAGCAAGCGAGCGGGACAGCGCGCCAGGAUCGGAGGCCGAGACGCCAUCAAUCAGCAACUGCACGCGCGCGGCCGGCCGCGGGACGGAGGAGGAGAUGGGUCUGUGCUCGUGCUGCUGCCGGUGCCUGGAGCUGCUGUGCUCGGUCCUCCUCCCGCCCCUCGGCGUCUGCCUCCGCCACGGCUGCUGCUCCCUGGAGUUCUGGAUCAGCGUGCUGCUCACCAUCCUCGGCUACCUCCCCGGCGUCCUCUACGCCGUCUACGUCAUCUGCUCCGUCGACCCCCACCGCCACCGCGACCCCGACGACGACUACGUCUACGUCGCCUGACCGACGGACGGAGAGAUCCCCGUGCCUCCGCUGCUACCUCCGUCCGCUGUGCUGUGUGCAUCUCUUUGUUGGGUUAGUAGACUAAAUCCGUCAUGUGCCCGUCUGUAAACUGUAAAUUCGUGUGUCCAAUCUGACAAUCUGGACGAAUUCAUUUCAUAAAGAUCUUGUGUCAUGGGAUCUGUGCAGUUAAUUGGGGUUACUUCGCUACCACGAUCAGUUGUGCUCGUGAAUGAAACUGCAGAUGGUUAUUAAUC